AUGGAUAGCAAUGAUAAUAGGAACAAUAACAAAAGCAAGGGGAGCGGUAGGCAAAGGAGGAGCAGCCAACUUGGGAUGCCUUUGAUUCUGCUGAUCAGCGGUACUUUGGUGUACUACCACUGCGCAUAUAGGAAGGCCAGCUUUCUCUCUUUGGUCUCCGACGUCCUCAUCGUCCUCCUCUGCUCCCUCGCCAUUCUCGGUCUCCUCUUCCGCCAAUUGAACAUCUCGGUACCCGUGGAUCCACUUGAGUGGCAGAUUUCUCAGGACACUGCCAAUGAAAUUGUUGCGUGUAUGGCUAAUACAGUAGGAGCUGCGGAGUCUGUUUUGAGGGUUGCCGCGACGGGGCAUGACAAGAGGCUAUUUUUCAGGGUGGUGGUUUGUCUUUACAUGCUAUCCGCUUUGGGACGACUCGUUUCAGGUGUUACAGUUGCUUAUGCUGGGUUUUUCUUGUUUUGUCUAUACCUGUUAGUGGAGAAUUCUCAAUCAAUGGGCUCCAUGUGUGUCUCAGUUUCCGAGAGGAAGAAAGGGCAAAACUUCAGAGCAGGAGAUGAAGUAGUCUGUGAUUUGUAAAUUCAUGCAUUGCGUAGUUAUCUUACUACAACUAUUAUGGUGACCCUCUUGGGAUUUUCUUGAUAAUUGUGGUAAAACUGUAAAAGAGUUCCAAUUAUUUGGAGCAGA